UUUGUGUAAGAAUAGAGGAGAUAGCUGUAUAUCUGUUUUUAUCAUGAUUAAAGCUUUAUAUUUAGGUAUUUAAGUCAGUAUUAGUAGCUUGACCACCUCUUUCUCUCUAUAUUCUUAUCGUUUUUUUUUAAUCUCCCUCAUCACCCUGCUCUUUCUCUCUUUUAUGUGCAUGUUUGCUUGUCCUUGUUCCUCUACUCUUUCAGAAGUCAUUACUCCUCUCUGAAGCAUGUGGGCGUCCAAGGCCAUCCGUGUAAAAUGAAUGUGAUGUGAGCAGAGAGACUAUUGGGAGUUUGCUGAUGUGAACAUCAGCAGCAGAAGAUUUUCAGCUCUUCACAGGCAGGUAAUUGUUAUAAUCAGCUUUCACUUACCCUGCGUCAGAAUGCCUCUAUUGAAAGACCCUCGGAGAAAAUCAGAUGACAUCAAUGCUGUUUAUGAGCUCAAAGAGAAACUGGGAGAGGGCUCAUUUUCGGAGGUUCGAGUAGCUCAGCACAGAUGCACAAACAAGCUCGUAGCUGUCAAGUGCAUCCGCAAGAGAGCGCUGAAGGGAAAAGAGUCCAUGCUGGAGAAUGAGAUUGCUGUAUUACGCAGAAUCAACCAUGAAAAUAUCGUUUCUUUGGAGGAAACCUUUGAGACCCCUACAAAACUCUAUCUGAUAAUGACACUUUUGACAGGUGGAGAGCUGUUGGACAGGAUUCUGGAGAGAGGCAGUUACACAGAGAAAGACACCAGUCGGGUCAUAUUUCAGGUGCUAAACGCAGUGAAGUAUCUCCACCAGCUGGGCAUCGUGCAUCGGGAUCUAAAGCCAGAAAACUUGUUGUAUGAGACUCCAUUAGAAGACUCCAAAAUUGUUAUCAGUGACUUUGGUUUGUCUAAAAUGGAAGAUCAAGGAGCUCUAUCCACUGCCUGUGGGACACCUGCAUAUGUCGCUCCUGAACUUCUCCAGCAGAAGACAUACAGUAAAGAGGUGGACCUGUGGGCCAUCGGGGUGAUAACAUUCAUACUGUUGUGUGGCUAUCCUCCGUUCUACGAUGAUAAUGACACACAACUCUACAAGCUGAUCAUAAAGGCUGAAUACGACUUUGAUUCACCAUAUUGGGAUGACAUUUCAGAUUCAGCAAAAGACUUCAUACUUCACUUACUGCAGAAAGAUCCAGUGAAGAGGUUCGAUAGUGACCAGGCCUUGAAGCAUCCUUGGAUAUCAGGAGGUGCGGCUUUAGACAAGAACAUCCAUGGUUCGGUGUCAGCACAGAUCCAGAAGAACUUUGCUAAGAGUCAAUGGAGGAGAGCCUUUAAUGCCACAAUCAUUGUGCGCCAUUUAACCAAAAAAACCCACCCUGAGGAUGAUGAAGGAGAUAAAUCCACAGGGGCCAUCUGACCAUCAAGUUGGGAGAUCUCUCAUCAUUUCCUCAUUCUUAUGAUUCAAACCCAUACAACUUGGUCCUUAUUAGCACUACUCUUAAAAAUAAAGGAAGUGAAUUAGCCAUUACAAAAACAAAAAAAUUAACGAUUUGGGUAAUCACCAAUAAAAAAUAUAAUUAAAGGGGUAGUUCACCCAAAAAUGUCUUAGUCUAAACCUAUAUGAGUUUCUUUAUUCUGUUAAACACAAAAGAAAAUAUUUGGAUAGAUUAUGGUUCCCAGUUGACAGCACCCAUUGACUUCCAUAGUAGGAAAAACGAAUACUAUGGGAGUCAAUGCUGUCAACUGCAUGCUUACCAUCAUUUAUCAAAAUAUCUUCUUUUGUGUUCAAAAGAAGUUAAAACCAACAUGAUGGUGAAACAAAAUGUAAAUUUUUGGGUGAACUAUCUUUUUAAGCAUGACAUGUUUGUGGAACAUAAUGAAAUGUAAAUUCUCACAAGACAGGAUUUAUAUAAAACAUACGUGAGCUUUAAAUGAAAUGUUGUCUGUAAGCUGCUGCUGUUUCUCUGGACUGAGCUGUCGCUAUAGAAAUCUCGCUCCAUCACAGCUCCCCAUGUGCUUGUAUUUGACACAUAACUGCAUGCUGCUAUUUGACAGAACAGAAUAUUUAGCCAUGUAGUGUCAAGUGCUGUCACCGUGGGUUUAUCAGUGCCUCUACAGGGACAAAUAUCAUACAGCAUGAAAAAACGUAUAAAUACAGUAAAUAAGUAGUCGCUGUUUCUUGUAUCUCUGGAUUUCACUGUGGAAUAGUCAUUUAUUGUCAUAUGUACGAGUAUCGUGUACAACGCACAAUAAAAACCUUUCUUAUA